AAAUCCUCGUGGCAAAUGUUGACCGCCCGUCCUGCAGAGAUCGACCGCUGCCAUGAGUGACGCUGCCCCUGUCCGUGACCCGCGCGAGCCGCGCUUCCCCGUGAUCGUCAAGCACCCGACCUUCGACGACGUCAAGGCCAACUUCGAUGCGGGCGACUACACGCGGUGGUUGGGCAUCAGCGCCUUCUCCUUCCCCGCCGGUUACGUUUUCGGAGUGAAGUUGCACCGCCACGUGGCUGUGCCGUCUAUGGUUGUCACGGGUGUACUUGGCUCGCUUGGAGGCUUCCUGUGGGCCUUCCAGAACUCGUCCUUCCGUCUACAGGGAUACAAGGCCAACCCGGUUGAGGUGAAGCAGUACAUCAUCAACAAGCAGGAGUAGGCUACAAGACAGCUACAGUUGAGCAUCUACAAGCCGAAGUACUGCUCAGUUGAAGUUGGGCUGCUCGAGCCAGACACAACAGAGAGAAGUGCUUUACAUGUUCACACAGAGCCAUAAAAAUAUAGCUUUUAACAAUGACUUGUGUCCGGAGAUGCAUAAAAGUUAAAGUUAAACUUGAAGUGGUAGCUUAG